AUGGAAAGCUUCUACUUCAAGCUGUCCUUGCUCGGCAUUCUUAUUCCCUGUGUUCUCCUUGCUACUUCAAUGGUUGCCGAGACGACCGGCGAUGACGAGCUUCGCACGUUCAUCGUCCGCGUACAGCCGCCGGAGAAGCAUGUGUUCGCCAUACCAGACGACCGGACGGCGUGGUACAGGUCGUUCCUCCCUGAGGACGGCCGGCUUCUCCACGCCUACCACCACGCCGCCAGCGGCUUUGCCGCCCGGCUGACGCAGCGGGAGCUCGACGUGCCGUCCGUCACGCCAGGCUUCCUCGCGGCGCAGCCGAACGUGGCUUAUGAGCUGCUGACGACGCACACGCCUCGGUUCCUCGGACUGGACGUGCCACAGGAGGGCGUGAGCACCAUAAACCACAGUGCUUCUGGGUUUGGGGACGGCGUCAUCAUCGGCGUGCUCGACACCGGCUUGCGGUCUUUCGCGUCCGACCCCUCACCGCUCGACAUGGACGGCCACGGCACGCACACGUCGAGCACCGCGGCGGGGGCGGUCGUGCAUGGAGCCCAGGUGCUCGGACAGGCCCGCGGCACCGCUUCAGGGAUAGCGCCACGCGCUCACGUCGCCAUGUACAAGCCGUGCGGCGACGAGUGCACCAGUGCCGCGAUGCUCGCCUGCAUCGACGCGGCCGUGGGCGACGGCUGUGACGUUCUCUCCAUAUCUCUCCGCGAUACCUCGUCGGGGUCGGACACACCGUUCUACCAAGACAGCCUCGCGAUUGGCACGUAUGGCGCCGUAGAUAAGGGUAUCUUCGUCAGCAUCUCAGCCGGCAACAGCGGCCCAAAUGCCAGCACCCUGUUCAACGACGCGCCGUGGAUGCUCACCGUCGCGGCGAGCACCAUGGACCGUUUGAUCGGUUCCCAGGUGCGUCUCGGUAACGGCCUCUCGUUUGACGGGGAGUCGUUGUACCAGCCAGAAAUCUCGGCGGCCGUCUUCUACCCGCUGGUCUACGCGGGAGCCAGCUCCACAGCCGACGCGCGGUUCUGCGGCAACGGUUCGCUGGACGGCUUCGACGUCAAGGGCAAGAUCGUGCUCUGUGACCGUGGCAAUGACGUCGGGAGGGUUGACAAAGGUGCCGAGGUGAAACGAGCAGGAGGCAUCGGCAUGAUCAUGGCCAACGAGUUCUCCAACGGUUACAGCACACUCCCUGACGUCCACGUCCUCCCGGCUUCGCAUGUCAACUACCCCGCCGGAGCCGCCAACAAGAAGUACAUCAACUCCACGGCGAACCCGAUAGCGCAGAUCUUCUUUCGGGGCACGGUUCUCGGCGCGUCGCCGGCCCCGGCCAUCACUUCCUUCUCCUCGCGCGGGCCGAGCCAGCGCAAUCCCGGCAUCUUGAAACCCGACAUCACGGGGCCCGGCGUGACCGUACUCGCGGCUUGGCCAACCCAGGUCGUCGGCCCUCCAUCCUCGUCGGUGAAUUCCGGACCGACCUUCAACUUUGAUUCUGGCACGUCCAUGUCGGCACCGCACCUAGCCGGCGUCGCGGCACUGAUCAAGAGCAAGCACCCGGGCUGGUCACCGGCGGCCAUCAGGUCCGCUAUUGUGACAACCGCCGACCCCAUCGACCGCUCUGGAAACCCGAUACUGGACGAGCAACAUAUGCCGGCCGACUUCUUCGCGACGAGCGCCGGCCACGUCAAUCCAGUCAAGGCCGUCGACCCCGGCCUGGUCUACGACAUCGCCCCCGACGACUACGUGCGCCUUCUCUGCAGCGUCUACGCGAGCCGGGACGUGUCCGUCAUCGCGCGGCGCGCUGUGGACUGCUCGGCCAUCAGGGUGAUCCCAGAGCACGCGCUGAACUACCCCUCCAUCUCGGUCGUGUUCCCACAGGCGUGGAACUCCACGGCCAAUCCUGUGGCUGUGGUGCACCGGACGGUGAGGAACGUCGGCGAGGCGCCGACUGUGUACUACCCCUAUGUAGACCUGCCGUCAAGCAUGGUGAACGUUGAGCCGAGGUCGCUGCAGUUCACGGAGGCGAACCAGGAGCAGAGCUUCACGGUGUCCGUGCGGCGAGGGCGGAGUGGUAACGCGAAGGUGGUUCAGGGCGCGCUCCGGUGGGCGUCCGACAAGCACACCGUGACAAGCCCUAUCUCCAUCACAUUUGAAUGA